UUUUUCCCAGGUUGCUCCGCGUUGCUGUCAUGGCUCCCUCCUUUUGACAGUGUCCCCACAUGGGGUUCUAUCUUAGUGGUAACUGUCACCACUAGACCUCAGUGACUUUAGACUCUUCUGCUUUUACCUUUUGUUCACGUUCGUGUGGCCCUUGUAGGAACUUAUUUUGUCUGCAACGAUGUGCGGAGUGCUGUGGAGCCCGGAGCGGGCGGUCCUGAGGGGCUUCUGCACUGAGGCUGAGCGGCAGCAGUGGAAGCAGGAGGGAGUGUCUGGCUCAGAGUGUGGAUCGUUCUUACAGCUGCUGUUAGAAGGAAACUUUGAGGCUGUGUUCUUCCAUUCAGUGACUCAAAAUAUUUUAAAUUUAUCAACAAUGGCUGAAAAAAAGAUUGACAGCUACCUGGAGAAGCAGUUCGUAGCAUUCCUGGAUUGCUCUGCAGAUUUGGACAAAACUGAAAGACAACAGCUGAUAUUCCUGCUUGGUGUGAGCAGUCUGCAGCUUUUUGUUCAGAGCAACUGGACGGGGCCUCUUGUAGACCUGGACCCUCAGGAUUUUUUGCCAUCUGUUCUGUUGCAGCAAUUUAGUGAGGUCAAAGAACUGGACGUGGCUGUUCUAAGCCUGCUCGUUCUAGAUGGUGAAUCAAUCUACAGUCUGACCACAAAACCUGUCCUGCUACUGAUUGCGCGCAUUAUCCUGGUGAAUAUAAGACAUAAACUGACAGCUAUUCAGAGCUUGCCAUGGUGGACUUUGAGAUGUGUGAAUAUUCACCAGCAGUUGCUUGAGGAACGCUCCCCUCAGCUUUUUGCCCUUGCAGAACAGUGUAUUGAUCAAGUGUUGAAACUAGAAGACCUAUUUGUAGGUGAUUCGGGUCGAUAUUUGGCGAUUCAGUUUCAUCUGGAAUGUGCUUAUAUAUUUUUAUAUUAUUAUGAGUAUAGAAAAGCAAAAGAUCAGUUCAGUAUUGCUAAAGACAUUGGCAAAUUGCAUAUUGAUUUGACAGGUGCUUUAGGAAAAAGAACACGAUUCCAGGAAAAUUAUGUAGCACAACUGAUUCUAGAUGUAAGAAGGGAAGCGGGUGGCCUUUCAAACUGUGAGUUCAGUCCAGCACCCACCCCUCAGGAACGUUUAACCAAGAAUCUUGAGCUCAAUGAUGAUACUGUUCUUAAUGAGAUAAAGUUAGCAGACAGUGAACAGCUUCAGAUGCCUGACCUAUGUGCUGAAGAGCUUGCUGUUAUCCUUGGAGUCUGCACAAAUUUUCAAAAGAAUAACCCAGUGCAUAAAUUAACUGAAGAGGAGCUGCUGGCAUUUACAUCAUGUUUGCUUUCACAACCAAAGUUCUGGGCCAUUCAGACAUCAGCCUUGAUCCUCCGGACAAAACUUGAGCGAGGAAGCACACGUCGAGUGGACCGGGCAAUGAGGCAGACACAGGCCCUUGCAGACCAAUUUGAAGAUAAAACUACAUCUGUGUUGGAACGACUAAAGAUUUUCUAUUGCUGUCAAGUACCACCUCACUGGGCCAUCCAGCGCCAACUUGCAGGUUUGCUGUUUGAGUUGGGAUGUACCAGUUCAGCCCUUCAAAUAUUUGAGAAGCUGGAAAUGUGGGAAGAUGUGGUCAUUUGUUACGAAAGGGCUGGGCAACAUGGGAAGGCAGAAGAAAUUCUUAGGCAAGAGCUGGAGAAAAAAGAAACACCAAGUUUAUACUGCUUGCUUGGAGAUGUGCUCCGAGAUCACUCCUGCUAUGACAAAGCCUGGGAGUUGUCCAAGCACCGCAGUGCCAGGGCCCAGCGCUCCAAAGCCCUCCUUCAUCUUCGGAACAAGGAGUUUCAAGAAUGUGUGGAGUGCUUUGAACGCUCAGUGAAGAUUAAUCCUAUGCAGCUCGGGGUGUGGUUUUCUCUAGGCUGUGCCUAUUUGGCCUUGGAAGAUUACGGAGGCUCAGCAAAGGCAUUUCAGCGUUGUGUGACUCUGGAGCCUGAUAAUGCUGAAGCUUGGAACAAUUUAUCAACUUCGUAUAUCCGAUUAAAACAAAAAGUAAAAGCUUUUAGAACUUUACAAGAAGCUCUCAAGUGUAACUAUGAACACUGGCAAAUCUGGGAAAACUACAUCCUCACGAGUACUGAUGUUGGGGAAUUUUCAGAAGCAAUUAAAGCUUAUCACCGGCUCUUGGACUUAAAAGACAAGUACAAAGAUGUUCAGGUCCUUAAAAUUCUGGUCAGGGCAGUGACUGAUGGAAUGACUGAUCGAAGUGGUGAUGUUGCCACUGGCCUCAAAGGAAAGCUACAGGAAUUAUUUGGCAGGGUAACUUCGAGAGUGACCAAUGAUGGUGAGAUCUGGCGGCUGUACGCCCAACUGUGUGGGAAUGGGCAGAGUGCAAAGCCCGAUGAGAAUGAGAAGGCGUUCCAGUGUCUCUCGAAGGCCUACAGGUGUGACACACAGAGCAGUAGUUGGGAGAAAGAUAUCACAUCAUUUAAGGACGUCGUUCAAAGAGCAGUAGGGCUUGCACAUGUGGCGAUAAAAUGCAGCGAAAACACACCUAAUCCUCAGGAAGCUGUGCAGGCGCUCUCUUCGGUUCGACUCAACUUACGGGGUUUAUUAUCUAAGGCGAAGCAACAUUUUACAGAUGUGACAAGUGGGGAAAUUUCCAGUGAGUUAGCAGAUGACAUAUCAACUAUGGAUGCCUUGGUAACAGAACUUCAAGACCUAAGCAACCAGUUUCGAAAUCGUUAUUGACCACACUAGGAAUGGUUUCUGGAAAAAGUAGUUUCAUCUUCUGGAAUUUCUCUUAUACCUGUAUAUGUGAAACACAAGAUACUGUGUUUUUAAAAUAAAUUUGUUUCAUGGAUAA